UUGCUUGACUUCUUUAUCACCAUUUGCUGUUUGACACAACAAGCCUUACCAUGCUGUUUGGUGUGAUCUUGGGAUUAUCGGGAUUUUUCAAGUCUCGUGAAAAGGGUCAAGCCAUUAUUGACGACUUUCCAUUCAGGCUUUUCUACGGCUUCACCGGCGGGGUUUUAUUCUUAUGCACCGCUUUGGUCGGUGUUCAGGAGUUGGUGGGAAACAACAUAAGCUGUCAUGGGGGUAAGAAUCAUCAAGCAGUCGAUCAGUAUUGUUGGGUUUCCGGCACUCAUCUGGUGGCCAACUCUAAUGACAAACGAGGCUUGGGCAAAGGUGUCAUGUAUGGAGACGAGUCGUGCCAAAGGAGAGAUGAUAGUUGGUUCACGAGCGAUGGGAAAGAAUGCAUUAAAACGCAUAGCUACUACCAGUGGGUUCCCUAUGUUUUGUUAUUACAGGGGUGUCUCUACUUCUUGCCCAUUAUUUUGUGGAAACAUUUUGAACAGGGCAAGUUAUCGGCAGUUUCUGAGGGAAUUCGCAUGGGGAGCACUCAAGGUGCGACCGACAAGGAAAAGGUUCGAAACGUGGCGAACAAUGUGGUUCAAUACAUUAACAUGAAAAAUGCCGGUCAUACCAUUUAUGGCUGGGCUUACGUUCUCGCCCAGUUCCUGAAUGUAUUGGUCCUGGCCUUUUCGGUCAUUUUUAACAAUUCCUUCUUGGAUGGGGAGUUCAACGAUUUGGGUUAUCGGUGGGUUAAGGCCGUUUUCGAUUCCAGUGAAAGUAGUUCCAUGGUCUUGUACCAGACAUUUCCUCGUUUGACUCGGUGCUUGUUCCAAACGUUUGGCUCAGCCGGUGAUCUCACAGAGGAUAGCUUUUUAUGCGUCCUGGCACCUAACAUCAUCUCGGAAAAGAUAUUUGUGUUCUUAUGGUUUUGGUACACCAUUCUGGGCUUUAUUUGCGGACUCAACCUUAUUCUGAUCUUGCUCAUGGUCUUCAAGAGUUCCAGCAUUAGAAGUUACUUCCUCAUGCGGGCUGUUCUUUCGACCAAGAUCAAACGACAUAUUACUUCCAACGAAAAUCUGCAAAAGAAGAUUGAAAACAUGGAGUUCGGCAAAUUCCUCUUUAUCUACUUGUUGGGACGAAAUGUGGAAUUCUUUGCUUACAAGCGGAUUUUGGAUUUGAUAGCGGAACUCCACCAAGAGGACCAGCCCUACAUAAAUGAAGAGGCUCAGAAUAGAGGAUCCAAUCUGCAACGUCAAUUGUCAAAGUCGAAUGUCAAAGAUGUCUCAACCAAUGAACUCUACGGGCCCUUACCUCAAGCGCCCCCGCAAAUCCCGGAGCAUGAGGAUGCUUACGAAAUGUCCAGCACUUUGCCCAAAUACACCUACCAAGAUAAGGACCUUCAAGAAUCCGAGGGCGAGACAAAAUCCAGUACAAGAGACUAGAAUGAAAAUGAUAUAUCAAUAUAUGGGCAUGAUUCCAGUGA